ACUGCAUCAAGUUUCCUACUCCAGUUCGUCAUUUCAACAAUGCGGUGAAACUAUCCAGCAGAUGCCUCCUCAUUCUUCCCUGCCAGCACUGAAGAUCCUAAACCAUUCCCUUACAAGCUCUCAAAUCCCCUCAGGCCAUCUAUCUCAUGGAAAUUCCAUGUUCCAUCACGCCUCAACUUUCCUACUUGGUCAAGGAACAUUUGGUGCAAAAGAGCAAUGGAUGUCACAUCCUGGUGAUGCUGAUCAAGGUUAUUCUGAUGCUUGGAACCAAGGAGGGAGACCAUCAUCAUCUUUAAGUGUACCUUUUGUACAGGAUGGACACUGCAGAUUAACUACUACUGAUUUUUAUCAUCCCCAACAUUAUUCAGCGCCAUCUCGAGCUUCAUUACCAGGUGAUAGUUUUGCCAAUUUUACCCCCACAGAUUUUUGGAGGCCCACAUAAAUGUAUUUAUUCUUGAUCAAGGGGUCUGCUAUAGGAACAUCAAAGGAUUUCGAACUGAACCACAAAGAUCGCUUGCUCCUUUAUACUUUUUCAAGUUUGUGGGAGGUUCAGAGCUUUGUAUAUUUACAUUGUGGUUGAUUUUUUUUUGAUAUUCAAAGGUGCGCUGAUAGAUGAAGAGAGUUGACAUUUGAUCUUUUUAGGAAUUUGUAAAUUGUAGUUUUUGCUGAUCUUAUACAAAAGCUGAUUUCUCCGUCCCAAAUUUUAGGCAAUGUAUUUUAGAGAACGGAAGAUUUGCUAUAACAUUAUUGAUAUUUUUCUAUCAAUUAAAAUUCUGAUUUCUAUA